UCGAUUACGGGUCUCGGUGGAACAGUCGCCGAGCCUGGCUUGAUUGCGAAUUGGCUACUGUGGAAGACCCGGAAUGGGGGGGUUGUUAAUAAACGAAGGCCGACGCAAUAGAGGUGGUAUGCACGAUUGAGGUCCAACCAUUCCAUCCCCCUGUCAAAAUAGCAGUCAGUAUGCGUCUGUUUCCUUCAGUAGCAGCUCUUUCCCUUGGGCUGUCGUCCAUCAGCCAUGCAGCCAAUGUCGACAACACCGACAACGUCUGCACCGUGCAGGCAAACGGCAACCAAAUCGACGACGUACCCAAUAUCCUGGAAGCGUUCGAGGAGUGCGGCAAUGGUGGUACCAUCAUCUUCCCGGAGGACCAGUCGUACUGGAUCGCAACGAGGUUGAAUCCCACGUUGAAGGACGUGGCGAUUGAAUGGCGGGGGAAGUGGACGUUCUCCGACAACCUCACCUACUGGCGCAACAACUCCUACCCCGUCGCCUUCCAGAACCAUCACGCCGGAUUCAUCAUCAGCGGCCAGAACAUCAGCAUCAACGGCUACGGCACCGGCGGCAUCGACGGCAACGGUAAUGUCUGGUACAACGCCGAGAAGGCCGACACGCAGCCCGGACGCCCCAUGCCGUUUGUUUUCUGGAAUGUCUCCGAGGUGGUCGUCGACAGCUUCUACGUCAAGGACCCGCCGCUGUGGAGCAUCAACAUCAUGAACGGGACUAACAUGCGCUUCAACAACAUGUAUUGCAACGCGACGGCAGUAGACGCGCCGUGGGGGGACAACUGGGUACAGAACACGGACGGAUUCGACACCAUGGAUGCCGUGAACAUCCAACUCACCAACUUCGUCUACCAAGGCGGGGAUGACUGCGUCGCGAUCAAGCCCCGCUCAUACAACAUCGACAUCCAGAAUGUCACCUGCGUGGGUGGCAACGGCAUCGCCAUCGGCAGCUUAGGUCAAUACCUUGAGGACAGCAGUGUUGCAAACAUCCGCGUCGACAAGGUCAAGAUAAUGCGCCACAACGAGGAUAUGCAUAACAGCGCCUACAUCAAGACUUGGGUGGGAGCCCUUGUUCCCCAAAGCUCGUACGAGAGUGCCGGUCUCCCCCGCGGCGAUGGUUGGGGCAGUAUCCGGAAUGUGCUCUUUUCCAACUUUGCGGUCCAUGGUGCCAGUGCUGGUCCCGCGAUCAGCCAGGAUAGCGGGGAUAAUGGGUCUUACGCGGGCACGAGCAAGAUGUUGAUCUCCAAUGUUGCGUUCGUCAACUUCACGGGCUAUAUCGAUGACGAUGAUGAUUCGGUGACUUCGACAAUUUCAUGCUCUGAGGUCCACCCUUGCUAUAAUAUUGACUUUGAUAAUGUGGUGUUGUACCCUUCGAAGAAUGCGACGACGCCGGGGACAGGAUCCUGCACGUAUACGGCUGAUGGAGGAGUGCAUGGACUGAGUGGGUGUUGACCGUUUUGGAUGGAAGAUGAUGAGAUUGGAUGUAGUUGGUUUU